GUUUUACAAUGCGGAACUGGUACCAAUGAUAAGAGAAGAGAAUUCUAGACAAGCUAAAAUGCUGAAGCAACUUGACGAUAUACUGCCGCAAUCACCAAAUCGACCCAAAACACAUGGCAUAUUCUUCUGCGGAAUAAGUAGUGAAAAUAUGCAGGAAAAAGACUCACUGUCGUGGUAUUUUCAUUACGAAGCGAAGAAAGUCUUUCUAAUGGCAGUUAAAUUGCAUCGUAAUAACAUUAAACCGGAAUCUAUUGGCAUCAUAAGUCCGUACAUGAAACAGGUUAAACAUUUGUGCGACCUUUUUGUUGAUGCCGAUGUAGCAAUGCCUAAAAUUGGUUCUGUGGAGAUAUUCCAAGGACAGGUAUAA